ACGAGUCUUUUUCGAUCGGAUCUCUGGUGGGCGUCACGUGACCAGACUAGCAGACUACUCAAUCGUCAAGUCACUCACUAUGCCUCUCAGGUAAGAAACGGUAAUGUUUUGAGCACGCCCUUCUGGAUAUCAACCAGCAAAGGAGUUUUGCCGUGGUGUUAUGGACCGACUCGUCAAAGACAUUGCCACGCCCAGUACCGCUAAAGUUUUCGGGGAAUAUCGAUCCAAUAGUACGACGGUGAGCAAUGCUUGCCUCAACAGCCCUUGCACUCCCUUCUGUGUCCUUAUUCCGGGCGGAUAUCCUUGCUCCUGCCUCGACAGCACGAUCCUGGUUCAAUCUGGUGAAGAACUGUCGUGGGACGUGACUGAGGAACGACCUCAACCGUCUCCUUUUGCGCUGCCCUUGCCAGAAUCUUGGGGUCUGCACCGGCGACGGCCAAGUCCAUUGCCAUGCCCCAACGAUUAUUACGAAGGCGCCCAUUGCGAGACCCACUUGUUGCGCCGUAGUUAACAACAAUCACGAGUUGUACCAGUCGAUUACGAAAUCGUUUGGUACAACAGCAAACUAUUGAGGGUUUAACUUUGGUCUUUUUCAUCAAAUGUUUUGCAACUGAUUUAUUUUCUUACGUGUUUUUAAAAAUUUUGUUUUUCUAAACAAACGAGUAUAAUCCUUUUCUAUGUUUUAUUUGAUUUGAUUUUUUGAUUUUUUAUUUUUUUCAAUUGUUUCAACUCAUAGCCUACGUAAGUUACGUAGGCUAUGUUUCAACUAUAUCGAUAUCUUAACCAUAGCUGAUUGCAAAAUGGCGUCAUCUGCUCAGUUUUCAAACGUGGCUGCCUGGCUGGCGAUAGCUGCAUGAAAAAUGUGUCUCAUUUUAGAUUCUCUUAAAAUAGUUAUUAUUUGAAUUUGAUACGUGCUCCAUGUUGUUUACAGCAGGCAAAUAAAAUCAAGGAUGCAUAUAGAA